GAUGCCAAUUGGGCAACUUGUUUGGACACCCGUCGAUCUACAUCUGGGUUUUGCUUAUUUCUUAGUAAUUCUCUUAUUUCUUGGUCAUCUAAGAAGCAGUCUAUAGUUUCUUGGUCUAGUGCAAAGGAAGUUCUGAACAGAUUUCAAAUGAAGAGCUGCAAUUCUGUUACUACACCAGUUGACAAAGGUGUAAAGCUUGUGAAAGAUCCAGGAACCAUAUCUGUGGACAGCAAAUUGUAUAAGCAGAUUGUUGGAAAUCUGAUGUAUGUGACAGCAACAAGACCAGAUAUAAUGCAUGGUGUAAGUCUGAUUAGCAAAUAUAUGGAGCAUUCAAAGGAGUUGAAUUUGCAGACUGCUAAAAGAAUUCUCAGGUAUUUAUGUGGAACUGCAGAUUUUGGACUAUUCUACAAGAAGGGUGACCAGACAGAUCUCGCAGGCUUUACAGACAGUGAUUAUGCUGGAGAUCUGGAUGACAAAAAAAGCACUUAUGGGUUUGUUUUUAUGCUGGGAUCUGGUGCAAUUUCAUGGUCUUCAAAGAAGCAGCCCAUUGUGACUUUGUCCACAACAAAAGCGGAGUAUGUGGCACCAACUUCUUGUGCUUGUCAAGCUAUUUGGUUAAGAAGAAUUAUGGAAGAACUUGAGUUGAAUCAACAUGAAGCCACUUCAAUUUAUUGUGAUAACAGCUCAGCCAUCAAGCUUUCUAGAAAUCCAGUUUUGCAUGGGAGAAGCAAGCAUAUACAUUUGAGGUACCAUUUCUUGCGCAACUUGUUAGCAGAUUGUGCAGUUCUCAUUGAGCAGAGAGCUGGUAUGUGGAAGCUCUUGGAUUUUGCUGAACUCAAGCGGAGUUCUAUAUCGUUCUUUGACAUAGAGAAACAUGAAACUGCUAUUUCGCGUUGGUUGGAUAUUGGGGAAGGGAAAGAAGUGAAUCUUGAAACCUGUCCUAAAUCAAAACUUCAACAACAGCGCAUCAAGCACCUUGGUCCGAGGGAGAGGAUAGCCUAUGAAGUCAUUGUGGUUGAUGGCAAGUUCUUAUUCAAGCAAACAGGGAAGCUCCUUCGCACCACUGGCAAUACUAAGUGGAUAUUUGUUCUUAGCACAUCAGAGACCUUGAAUGUUGGCCAGAAGAAGAAAAGCACAUUUCAACACUCGAGCUUCCUGCCUGGUGGAGCCACAAUUGCUGCUGGAAGAUUAGUUGUCGAACAUGGAGCCCUAAAGGCAGGGGCGGAGGGAGGGGGGCAGUUUGGCCUCACAGCGGUCACUAUCGACCUACACCAGAAAAUUUCAAGGAUUUCAUUUCAUUUCUUGAAGAGUACAACGUGGAUCUUACUGAUGUUAAGCAAUUACAACUACGGUCCAGCGGGAAAUGCAAUUAACUACAACUUGCUAAAUGACCCUGAUGCUGUAGCAACAGACGCUACCAUUUCUUUCAAGACUGCUCUUUGGUUCUGGAUGACUCCACAGUCCCCCAAACCUUCAUGUCACGAUGUAAUCACCGGACAAUGGACCCCAUCCGCCAUAGACACCGCAGCUGGUCGAGUCCCUGGGUACGGGGUCAUUACCAACAUCAUCAACGGUGGCAUUGAAUGUGGCAAAGGUCAAAACGCACAGGUUGCGGACCGCAUCGGGUUCUAUCAAAGAUACUGUGAUUUACUGAAAGUUGGUUAUGGCAACAAUCUUGACUGUUACAACCAACAGCCCUUUGCUUAGAGAAAUCCAGUUCAGGUCAAAAUAAGAUGUUACCAUGUGAUGAAUAAUGGUAAAAUGAAUUAGAUGUUCACCUUCUAAAUAAAACCAAUAAAUAAAAAGUCUGUACUUCUUAUUAAAAAAACUGUUGUUACCUUGCUGUUUUAAUAAAAAAAUAAAAAAUAU